AUGAUUGAUGUAGUCAAAUUUUUGAUAAGUCAUGGUUUGCUUGUUUUUAUCACUAGUAUCUCAAUGAUAGUUUGUUCACGAAAACAACCGAGAAAAAAUGUAAAACCAUCAAUCGAGGAUCAACAGGAAAUUCCAUCUGAUAUAAAUUACGAUGAGACUCAAGAUAAUGUACAAACCGUUGAAUUACAAGAGGAUCCACUGGCAAAUGUUCGUCUUUUGACACCGACACUUCCAGGUGGAUGUACUGAUGAAAAUGCAGCAAAAGAGGCGGCAACACGCCAUAAAACGAAUCAAUACUUUCCAAAACUUGAAAUUCAAAGUCGACGAAUUGUGAAUAGAACAAGUAAAGAGGAGUUGAGACGACUGGUUGAGGAGUUGCCGAUGCAUCCACCACAAAGAUAUCGAACUGAAAUAAGAGAACCUGCUUUGGAAAAGAGAGUUGAGAAAUGGAAAGAUAUCCAUGUUCAUUGGCAUGAUGUUGGUCUCGUGUUUCUGGUCAGAAAUCAUGAUACAUGCCGUUCGAAAGAUGAUUCAGGAGGUGAUACAGUUGAUAGUCCGAACAAAGAAGAUGAAGAGAGCACUAAGAUCAAUUCUGAAAUACCGAUAUCCAAUAGGACACCUAAUAAAAGCAAACGGAAAACACCAGCUCCAGUUAAACAGUCUUCGAAGAAAUCUCUGAAAGAAAAAAAGUUGGCAGCAACUCAAGAAGAAACAAUAAAAAGUGAGAACAAGACACCUCAUGGAAUGACUCCAAAACCUCCUGGGAUGCCUUCUAAUAAAAGUGGUCCAGAAUCAGUGAAAUCUACUAAUAUCUGA